CUCGUUUCUCUGUGUCUGUGGCUCCUUCUGCUUGUCUGUCAUCGUCGCCGCUCACAUUGCUCUCUCCCACUUCUCCACUCAUGUGCUCAGUUACGGUCACGGCUCGGAGUUGCACUUGUCUUUGUGAGACCGGGAGAUCUGGACGUAUUCUACUCAGGAGGCUCUAGAUGAAUUAACCCGGAAUGGAAAGCUAAAGAAUUACUGCAGACGUGAGCCAGUCUUUAUCUUGCACAAUGAAUGCACCCUAUGAUCCAGAUGUCAGCUUGAAGCUGAACAUGGGCACAGCCUAUCCUGCACCCAGCACCCAUACGAGAGUACAGUGGUCUAGCAAAAUUGAGUUCCUCUUGGCUGUUGCUGGACAAAUCAUAGGGCUAGGAAAUGUGUGGCGGUUUCCUUACUUGUGCUACAAAAAUGGAGGAGGGGUGUUCUUCAUUCCAUACAUACUCUUCCUCUUCACCUGUGGCAUACCUUUGUUUCUGCUGGAGACAUCUCUUGGCCAGUACACGAAGCAAGGAGCGAUCACCUGCUGGAAGAAAAUUUGCCCCCUAUUUGAAGGUCUUGGUUAUUGCAGUCAAGUGGUUGUUUUAUACUCCAGUAUUUAUUACAUUAUCAUAUUGGCCUGGGCAUUCCUAUAUCUCUUCUCCUCUUUCAACUCUGAGCUUCCCUGGGCAAGCUGCAGAAACAGUUGGAACACUGAAACCUGUGUGGAGUUUGAUGGAAGGUCUGAUUAUUUGAAUAUGACUGUAGCUGAAAAUGCAACUUCACCAGUGAGAGAGUUUUGGGAGCGAAGAGUUUUAAAUAUCACAGGAAGCAUCCAUGAGUUGGGAAGUAUUCGAUGGGAGUUGGCUUUGUGUCUUCUGUUGUCCUGGAUCAUCUGUUAUUUUUGUGUCUGGAAAGGUGUCAAGUCUACUGGGAAGGUAGUUUAUUUUACGGCUACAUUUCCAUAUCUGAUGCUGGUGGUGCUGCUUGUUCGUGGAUUCACGCUGCCUGGGGCCUUAGAUGGAAUCAAGUUCUACCUGUACCCAGAUCCAUCCCGCCUUGCUGAUCCCCAGGUGUGGAUGGAUGCUGGCACACAAAUAUUUUAUUCCUAUGCUAUUUGCAUUGGGUGCCUAAUGGCACUUGGCAGCUAUAAUAAGUACAACAAUGACUGUUACAAGGAUUGUCUGUAUUUGUGCCUUCUGAACAGUGGGACCAGCUUUGUUGCUGGCUUUGCCAUAUUCUCUGCCCUUGGGUUCAUGGCAUAUGAGCAGAACACAGAUAUAUCCAAAGUGGCAGAGUCAGGUCCUGGCUUGGCUUUCAUUGCCUAUCCUCGAGCAGUUGCCAUGAUGCCUUUUCCGCAGCUCUGGGCAGUAUUUUUUUUCGUAAUGAUCAUCUUGCUGGGACUGGAUAGUCAGUUUGUGGGACUGGAAGCUCUCACAACAGCUAUUUCCGACAUGUAUCCAGUCUUCUUCCAAGUUGGCCACCGACGCAAACUCUUGCUGCUUGCUUUUUCUGUUUUCUGUUACUUUGUAGGCCUUGUGAUGGUUACGGAAGGUGGACUGUACAUCUUUCAGGUGUUUGACUACUAUGCCUGCAGUGGAAUGACUUUACUUCUCACUGCCAUACUGCAGUCUGUGGGUGUUGCAUGGUUAUAUGGUACAAACCGGUUUUAUGAAAACUUGGAGGACAUGAUUGGAUAUAAGCCUUUAGCCCUGAUUAAGUACUGUUUGAAAUAUAUCACUCCAGUAAUUUGCAUGGGAACAUUUAUUUUCUCCUUGGUCAAAUACACUCCACUGAAGUUCAAUAACACACUAGAGUAUCCAUGGUGGGGUUAUGCUCUCGGCUGGUGGUUUACACUCUCCUCUACACUCAUGGUUCCCUUCUGGAUGCUGUACAAUUUGAGCAUCACCCCUGGUACACUGCGACAGAGGAUCUCCAUCUUGUGUACUCCAGCUGAAGAUCUUCCUUUGACCAAAUCAGAGAAAAAAGCUCUUGAACUGCUUGACUUGCCAUCUGUUGACAACAUACCGUCCUAGAAAAAAACAUAAGAAGUGGAGCAACCUCAGAUGUACUUAACACUGAGGCAUAAGGAACCUUAAAUCCAGUGGUGUUACCCCCAGUGCCUUGUCCCUGUAAAAAACAAAUAUCUUCUCAAUCCAUUUGGUAUUUAACCCCUUAAAAUGCCCAUAUCUAUUUGUGACCCCAUCUAAUUGGCUGGAUGUGUCAACCAUUUGGAAUGGUUAAACCAAAAUAAUCCAGUAAUUCACACAAACAGGAAGUGAUUAAAAAAGCUGUCUGUAAAAAAUAAUUUUCCAAUAUAGGAAUUUGGAAAUGGAGAAUGUGUGUUUGAUAAUUGUUCAGGUAAUCCAGCUCCACAGCAGGUGCUAAUUCUUAGAUUUCCCUUCAUGGGCCAUUCAGCAUAAUAUUUGACAUUUAAAAUUGCUGCUCGUCUAAAAUUCAUUAGUGAGGAAUAUGAGGGGUUUUUUUCAAAUCCAGUGAGCAAGUUCAGCUUCAUCUGACUAUUUUUGAGCUGUCUGCCUUCACUGAGCCUGAUUACAAAGAAAGCUGUUAACUUUUUUUUUUUUACCCAGCUAUGCAUACAUCCUUGUAAGAAUAGCACAGAUAUCAGAACUACUUGUGGAAUACUUAACAUGAAAUGAGAUGAACUGCUGGAAAACUUUCAUAUAAAUAUUGUACGUGCCUUUAGUAGUAGACUGUUUCUGCAUCCAAAGUUGGAGAGGAGGGAACUUAAUUCUGUCACAACAAAAUAUUGUCUUUGCAAUCAUGAGAAGAAAUUAAUAGUGCAUUCAAUAUGAAGAAAUCAUUUUAUUUUUCUAAUAGAAGCCAACACUGGGUAUAUUUUAUUAUGUGCACCUACACAAAUGUGGCUCAUGAUGGAAUCAAAAUACCUCUGGGACUAUUGCAAACAACACCAUUAUGAAAACUGUCAUAUUUUUGUAAUGAUCACUUUUUAAAAAGAGAACUGAAAUGAAAAGUUAUAAGCAAAGUAUUUUUGUCCAGUACAAAUGAUGACUUACUUUCUCCACUGAUCUGAUUGGCUGGUGGUUGUUAGUCUCGUGAUUGCUCCAUGAACACUAACCACAUUUUGUGGUCCAGGCCCCAGGCUGUAGAACUGUUUGGAGUAGGGAAACACUGACAAUUACUUGAAAAAUAAGCCAUACAGAUCAAACACUUCAGUUACUUCUAAGGCAGUGUGAAUGAGACUGAUGGUGCAAAUCAUAACUAAAAAAACGUGGCAGAAGAGAGUUUGUCAUGCAGUAAACAGCCAAUUGAAACCCCAGACACCGUGGGUAUCUGAGCCAUCUGAACCAUCCAGCUGUCCCGACACUGAAGUGUUUGUGACCUCUACAAAGUACUGAUACUGUAAAUAUUGUGGCUAUUGUGUGUGGACUUUUCAUUUAGGCAGUAAAUGCAGCAUUAUUCUAAUUGCAUUCACUGCAAAUUCAUUAGAAUCGACAGUAAAGAGUUUGUAUAGUAAUACUGAUUAUAGAGGCACAGGCAUUUUUCUACUGUAUUCUCAACUUUAAAUUUGUAAUUCUAUUUUUUUUUUUUCUUCAGAAUACUCACUUCGAGUGUUCAGGUUAAUGUUUUUAGUCUUUUGCAUUAUGUGUCAUUGAAAUUUGUGGCAAUAUUUUUAUGCAUAACAUGAGAUGUGAUCAAAAAGUUCUGGGAAUUGACCUAUGAAAAUCAAAGGAGCGGCCACCCUGUAUGUGACCCUGUGGGGGUCAACCAUAAUGGUCCAGUUCUGUGAACCUUUUGAUCACACCUCUGCACUGUACAGAUGUUGUAAUAAGAAAUGUUUUCAUAAUCAAUGAAAUGAAUCAAUCAGUGAUUUCUUUUUCAAUAGACAUCAUGUUCAAAUUUACAUGCUAAAAUUUUAUAUGAUCCAUUGUUGCCAGUAGAUACAAAAAGUUCUACUAAAAAAAAGUUUGCUAAAAUUUUAUUAAAGUGUUUGCGUGAUGGACUAAAUCAUAGCUUUGGUUUGCAUAUGUUAAUUGAAUGAUUUUAAGUUGUAUUAAACAAUGUGCCAUUCUUUAAAUAUGAUCCAUAAUCAGGUGUUAAUAUGAUAAAUUAUUAUGGAUUUC